AUGUUCCCGCCAUCCGGAGGCUACAGCCUGGACAUCGAAGCCAUCUCUGGAAUUUGUGGCUCUAUCUCCAUAGCCUGCUGGGUGGUCGUGUUCUCGCCUCAAAUCAUUGAAAACUUCCGGCGAAGUUCUGCGGAGGGCCUGAGUGUCGAAUUCAUCAUAAUAUGGCUGGCUGGAGACGUGUUCAAUAUCCUUGGCGCCGUCCUGCAAGGUGUAUUGGCUACGAUGAUCAUCCUGGCCAUUUACUAUACUGCAGCUGAUGUCGUUUUGCUGGGCCAAUACUUCUACUACACCGGUUUCAGACUGCGCGAUCCCAGGCCGGACAAGCCAUCGAAUACUGGCGACGAUGCACCGACAGAACGCUCUCCUCUGAUAUCGAACGGACAUGCGAAUGGCCACCAGCCCAGUGCAGCGGACGUGGAACAUUCAUCCAGGCACCGAUCUCCAUCGACUUUCCGCGAACGAUUGGCCAGUCUGGACACCUCUCAUCUCUCCCCAGCAUUGCCCAUACACCCUCAACCAAUGGAUUCGGACGACACUGAGGCCUUGAAGCCUCAUCAGCCUCGAAGUUGGCUUCAGGCCAUUCUUUUCAACAGUACAGCCAUCUUGUUGGUCGUGCUAGCCGGUGUCGCUGGCUACUACCUCAGUCCGGCCCCACCAGAGGGCAAGAAUGGCAAAUCCCCAGCGGACGAACAGGCCGAUUCGCUCAAAUUCAGCGUCUGGGGCCAGAUCUUCGGAUACAUCUGCGCUGUGUUGUACCUUGGAAGCCGGGUACCCCAACUCCUCUUGAACUACCGAAGGAAGUCGACCGAAGGACUCAAUGCGCUCUUCUUCCUCUUCGCUUGCAUCGGCAACUUGACAUAUGUGCUGUCAAUCUUUGCCUUUGAGCCGAUAUGCAGCCGUCACACGCACGGACACUGGCGCGAGAGCAGCUGCAAACCUGGUGAAGCUGGGAGAAUCUACGGCCUCUACAUUCUGGUCAAUCUCAGCUGGCUCAUCGGCAGUUUGGGAACACUCUUCCUAGACUUUGCUGUUUUUGUUCAGUUUUGGCUGUACAGAGAUAACGCUCCGGUCGAGAGCGUGGCGCAGAGCUCUGCACAGCAAAACGGGGAGGCCAGAGGCAGAGAUUCGGGCGACCGUUGA